GCAGGAGACUGUAGCCCCUAACUCCCCCAUUACCCACGCUGACUCGGGACCCCCCCUAACACACACAGGCGGUACCUCCGUGAAUUACACUACGUUAACACAGCUUAUUGAUAAGUGUCUACAUUACCUCUCAUUAUGACUGAGGGUGAAGUGGCCACCAACGGCAAGACAGCUGAUGCUGAUAAGCCUCAAGAUAUGGAUAGCAAGAUUAUUCGCCAAAUAGAGUAUUACUUUGGCGAUUAUAAUUUGCCAAGAGACAAGUUCCUUCAGGAGGAGAUAAAGAAUGAUGAUGGAUGGAUUUCUCUAGAGACUAUGACAAAGUUUAAACGCUUGGCAUCUUUAUCCACGGAUUCUUCUGUGAUAUCUGCUGCUCUGAAGAAAGCUACCAAUGGCAUUAUUGAGGUGCAUGAGAAUAAUGAAAAAAUCAGACGAGCUCCUUCACACCCACUCCCUAUCUUUAAUGAUGAGGUGAAGGAAGAGACAAUGAAGCGCACUAUCUAUUGCAAGGGCUUCCCUAAAGAUGGCUCAGUCUCACUAGAUGAUCUGCUGGAGUACUUCAAGCAGUAUGGACCGUAUGAAACUGUACUGAUGCGUCAUUUCUUUGACAAGGAAUCGAAGAAGCAGGGCUUCAAGGGUUCAGUUCUUGUGGUGUUCCCAACAGAGGAGAAAGCAAAGGAAUUUAAAGAAGUAAAGGAGGUUAAAUUUAAAGGUACAUAUUUAAUUCGCAAGUGGCAUGAAGAUUAUGUAGAAGAGAAAAAGAAGGAAAUCGAGGAGCGCAAAGCCAGGAAAGAGGCAAGGAAGAAGAAGGAAGAAAAGGAGGGAGAGGAUAACAAGGAAGAGGAUGCCACAGAGAUUGAGAGUCCCAAGGGCAUUUUCAUUCAUUUUUCUGGCCUGAAGGAGGGAUCUGAAGCAACAAGGGAAGACAUAAAAGAGGCAUUGGGAGAUAUUGCAGACCAGUGUGCCUGGAUUGACUUCAGCCGAGGGAUGACGAAAGGCUAUCUGCGCUUCAAGGAAGAAGACUAUAACAAACAAGUGAUGGAGAAACUGGAGGGAAAACUAAAGGUAAAGGACAUGGAUUCAGAAUUACGACUGGUGGAAGGGGAAGAGGAGGAGGAGCAGUUCAAGAAAAUGAAGGAAGCCCGAUCCAAAGCUCGUGCUAAUGCAGGAAGAAAGCGAAAAUCUGGAGGAAGAGGUGGCCAUUUCCCUAACAAGAAGAGAAAGUUCUAGUCAUGGUGUAACUAAUUAUGACAAAUAUCUAGAAUAAUUGCUUUAAAACAAAAUAUUUUUCCUUUUUUUACUUAGAAUUUUUAGAAUUCUUAAUUAAAAACAAUCGCUGGGUUACUAUGGUCUGUUUCUUAGGAAAAUGUAGAAAGAGUUACACCCACAUUCUCAUGUGUGUUUUGUUAUUGGCUUCCUUGAUAGCAGAGAUCAACAAAUAUAUAGCACCUUGUUGUUUAACAGUUCUUUUGUACUUGACUGGCAUGUAUGGCAGAAAAUGGUAUCUGUAUCAUGCCAAAUGUGCCUGUCUAAGAAAAAUGUAAGAAUAUUGCUUUUAUUCCUUUAAAGGUUUUUUAUAAUCAGUGAUAUAAACUAUGAUUUGAAACUUUGGGUAUCUUGAUCCAGCCAAUGACUGGUAGUCACAACACAAGAAUGUGUGAACAUGGCUAUUUUUAAAUUUCUCAAAGGAACGGACUGUAGGCUAGAAGAAUGGUUGGUUAUUUUUAUUCUCAAACAAGGAAUUUGGGAACAUACUACAUAUUGUUAAGAAAAAACAAAACCUGUAAUAUAAAUUUUUAUUUAUUUAUAUAUUCAUCUUUAGCAUCUGUGUUAUGGGUGGAUACUGUUAAAAAAAUACAAAUAUAUUAUUUAGGCAUUGCAAUAAACAGCUUAAUUUUAAUUGUAAUAUGUAAUAUCAUCUUUAAGUUAAUAUUAUAAUGCACCCAGUUUCAAUAUCAAAAUUGCUAUUUAGCUUUUAAGCAAAUUUGUUUUCCAAUGUAAAGAUGAUGGAAGUUGAGAAGCCUGCUCAUUGUCUUCUUUAAACCUUCACAUGUUCAUACUGUAUAAUAUAAGUACAGUAAUGUGAAUAUUUUACUAUAGAUUGAAAUUACUGCCAAUAUGCUUGUUUAUACUGUACUGCAUUGGACAUCUUGCAAAGUAUUGGCAUCUUAUCCAGCUUGUGGUAGGUGCUAUUUAUACAGUACUGUGGCUCAUAAUAAAAGAUACACAACCUCAAAGAACAGAGAAUUCUAUAUUGGUUUCCUUGCAAUAGGGUUUGUGUGUUAAUCAUAGUGACCUUAGUGUUGAAUGAUUGUAGCUGGUGUUGAUGCACAGUGGGUUAAAAAAACACCGACGUUCACUGUUACUCCAAAGCAUCACCAAGGAGGUUAUCUGUCUUGUCAGCAGGGGGCCAAAAAAAUUUUUUUUUUCUGAAAUUGUAUUGAAGACUUGUUGAAUUUAUUAAGAAUUUUUGUGAAUUUCUAUGUAUACUUGCAUGUAUUCAAAUGUUUUGAUAUAUGUUAUCUACUGUAUAUUGAUUACAGUAUAUAGAAUUAUAAAAUUAAAACCUUUUUCAUAAA